UCCAAUUUCACGUGCUCCUUUCCUCGCCUCUUAGCCCCACACAACACAAACAAACUGAAGAAGCAACAGACGCAAGCCAAAUCGCCACAUCAGCACCGCCCUUCCACGUAUAUAUAAACACGCCAGUGUCAUACGCACUCCGCCCCAAAGAAGCUAGAGAUUGAUCGGUGGACCGAGAUUGACCCGUUCGUUGUUGGAAGAAAGAAAGGGGAUCAACGAGAGAGAGAUCGAGAUGGCCGGAAACAGCAACAGGUUCGCCGUGACGUGCGGGCUCAUGCGGCAGUACAUGCGGGAGCAGCAGCAGCAGCAGCAGGCAGGAGGAGGCGGAGGCGCGCCAAGGUCUCUGGCGUUGAGCCUCGGCCUGCCGUCGCCGGAUGAGCCGGCGGACGCCCCCAGGAGGACCAUGCAGUUCUUCCCCGCCGCCGCCGCCGCCGGCGGCGGCGGCGGCGCGUCGUCCUCCCAGCUGCUGCCCAAAGAAUGCUGCAGGGCGGAAACGACGCAGAUCACGAAGGCGCCGCUGACCAUGUUCUACGACGGGCGUGUGGUCGUGUUCGAGGACUUCCCGGCCGACAAGGCCAUGAAGCUGAUGCAGCUGGCGGGAUCGGUCUCUUCCUCCUCCUCUUCUCCGGAGGCGCCGGCGGCCGACAAAUCCCCGGACCCGGAGCCCGGGGCGCUCUCCGACUUGCCCCUCGCCAGGAAGGCCUCGCUGCAGCGGUUCCUCCACAAGAGGAAGCACAGGCAGGUCGCGACGGCCGAUCAUCGUCCUUACCAGAAGCCGGUGGCGUCGCCGCCGCCGAAAGAUCAUGACCACCCGUCGACGUGGCUCGCGCUCUGAACACCUAGCAGCUUCGAGGGGAAAGAAAAAGGGAAGCUCCGACUUGUUCAGGACCGGCCGUCUUUGUUUGAGAAUUCUUUAAAGCUCCAAGAGAAUUCUUUUCUAAUUAAUUAUUUUCUCGUCCUGGGCAUGUAAGUUAAGUUGGCACCUUAAGAUUUCCUCAGCUAUUUAGAUGGUCCCCUCUAGACAUUAAUUUAUUUAUUUAUUUAUUUAUGUUUGUGAACAACUUAUUCUAGUGCUAAUCUUUCAAGAUAAUUGGGUAUAUUUUAUU